CGGCUUGUAUUGCUGAAAUUCUUUCAUACAGAUCAUCAAGCCGCUGCGCGCAUCAACUAAGUAGGGUCGUAGUUCCGCCACAGCUCACGACUGCAGAUGCGCCACAGUCAAAGUUACACGAGGGUAGCCUACAGAGUGUGUUCCUCACGCAACCAACUGCAUCACUACGACGAGUGUCCUUUAGCCUACGUACUGCCUUAAGUGUUCUUUAAGAAUCCGCAGACUUUCCCCUGGAAGACAGGUGUUCGAUACCUACCCACUUGUACGAAUACUAUAUUACCAUAACCAACGCUGAACCAUGACCAUGGCAGUGGUGGAUGUAGACAAUUCUUUAGUUGUUAGGUUAUAACUACGUCAUACAAAUGUUGCGCUCGGGAUGGCAUAGGCUACCACAGAUAUUUCUCUGAAAUGGACGGGAUGACCAGCACAAAGGACGAGGUGUCUUUGAAGAAAAGAAAAAGAGAUGAUGAUGGUUCAGAGAUCCUUAUUGUCAAGCCCCCUAAAACGGAUGCAAGUUCAGAGUCUUGCCUGGACGAACCCGUUGACCUACGAAGUGUGCAACAUGAAAUCAUUAAAUACGGUUCCUCACCUUUGCCAGUGAAACACUUCGACCCGGACACGACAGAGCCACUCAGCUCUGGACUGAAGAACCUGGAAGAGCUGCUGGCAUGGAAAAUCAGCGAGGCGAGUCCCUUCAACGUGGCGUCCGUCCCACGAGCCAGCAGACAACCGCCAUACGCAAGCAAACAACUUCGCACGCUGGUGUGUCACGACAUGAUGGGCGGCUACCUGGAGGACAGGUUUAUUCAAGGUACGGAAGUGGAGGCGCCGUAUGCCUUCUAUCACUGGAGCCUCAUUGACAUCUUCAACUACUUCACCCAUCAAAUGGUGACUAUACCCCCGGCCUGCUGGACAAACGCAGCACACAGGCAUGGAGUCCUCUCUCUCGGGACCUUCAUCACUGAGUGGACUGAUGGCGCUGUGAUGUGUGAGAAAUUUCUGGCGGAUGAGGAGGCCUAUCGGGCAGUGGCUGACAAACUCGUCCACAUCUCACACUACCACGGCUUUGACGGCUGGCUUGUCAACAUAGAAAAUGGUCUAAGUGCAACAGCAGUGAAAAACAUGCCUCUGUUCCUGCGGUACCUCACGGACCAGAUGCAUGAGCGGGUCCCGGGCAGUGUGGUGAUCUGGUAUGACAGCGUGCUAAAGGAUGGCUCGCUCAAGUGGCAGAACGAGCUCAACGACGAGAACAGAGUGUUUUUUGAAGCUUGUGAUGGCUUUUUCACAAACUACAACUGGACGGAGCAGAGUCUGGAGCACAUGAAGACCCUGUCUGCUGUUCAGAACCGGCAGGUUGACAUAUUUGUCGGGGUGGACGUGUUUGCACGAGGCGACGUGGUGGGAGGCAAGUUUGAGACCAAUAAGGCCCUGAGUCUUCUUCGCAAACAUGGCUUCUCUACCGCCAUUUUCGCUCCUGGAUGGGUCUACGAAUGCCAUGAGAAAGCAGAGUUCCGCAACAACCAGGACAAGUUCUGGGGUUUACUCACUGAUUUGCUGUACUUCCACCGUCCCUCUGCCCUUCUGCCCUUCGUCUCCACCUUCUGUCAGGGCUUUGGCAAGAGCUUCUACAGGAACGGACAGGUAGAGCUCCAGAAGAACUGGUUCAAUCUGAGCGCCCAGGAGCUGCAGCCCUUCUACUACAAGGAGCGGGUGGAGGGUGACGGCUGGGUGAGGACCCGAGGCUGCCCUGAAGAUGCCUGGAGUGGAGGCAGCUCGCUGCUCAUAGAGGGCAUCAUUCCCGUAGGCCUCUCUAAAAUCUGUGCAAGGAUAUUUUCUCUACACGUACCUCUGGCCACCAGGACCUUUGUGGCGUUUGUGUAUCGGCCGUCUGAAGGUGUGUCUGUCUCCUUGGAACUGAAGAUGGCAGAUGCUGCACUCUGCUCACACACCAACACUGAGGACAUAUCGACCAGUAGUGUGGUACCUGUUGCUCUGCGUGAGGACCAUGAGCUGGUGAAGCAGUUUAUUCAGAGCUGUGGGGUGUGGAGGCCUGAUGGGUGGACUAAACGGUGUUUCCAGUUGGAACUGAGUGGCUGUGCGUUGCGGGACAUCUGUGUGAACAUCACACGUGACGGGCCUCCGAAGGACACAACCUUUACCUGCAGAGUGGGAGAGAUUAUGGUGCUGGACUCUGAGAGUCUCCUGGUGUCCCCGCCCUCUAUGCAGAACAUCUGCAUCUCUGACAUCGUCUGGCAGCGCACCAUGGCCAACGCCGGCAGCGACUCCUCCGCCCCCGUCACCAAAGACGCCACGAAGCUCCACCUCAACGCCACCCUACAGUGGAACUACCCGAGCCAGCUGGUGCGUUGCUUCCGCGUCCACUGGCGCCGGCUGCGCGGUCCAGACCCCCGAGUGCCCCCUGGCCCAUUGGUGCCGGUGGGACGCUCCUACUCGGGCCAGUACCGCGUGGUGGACCUGGUGGUGCCGGACGCCCCUGUGCUCAUCGAGCUGGUGGUGGAGCCUGUGACCAGGGAGGGCUUCAGCGUCCCAGAGUCCCACUGGGGGAGACGUGCCCUCAGCUACACCGAGGGACAUGCAUAGACACACACACACACACACUCUCUCUUUAUUAUACACGCCCUCUCUCACUUCUUCAGAUAUUGUAUAUGCACACACAAACAUAUUUUAAUUCUUAUUUUCCUUGCAUAUGUAGCGAUACAUACAAAUACCUUAUCUUGCUUUUUAUCCAUCAUUAUUGCACUCAUACACAUCUACACACCUUUUCUUGCUCAUUUGUGAUGUACAAACACAGUCAUAGUAGCAUGGACACACAUGGAGACGGACACAGAAAUACUUACAGUACAGUAGAUCCUUGAACACAUACUCUUCACGCACACAUACUGUUCUUCCGUCCAAGAUUUGUUUCUUCUCUGGAUGAUAUUGGUUUGCUUCACUUGCGUCAUGUUUGCAGUACUGUAGUGAACUCUACAGUGGUGUGAUUUCAUCUGAUUUCAAACUCAAGAGAGUCUUAAGCUAACUGUAGGCCUCCAGCAAAGCCUGGGUUCAACAGAUUUCAAACAUGUUUUUAUUACUGUUGGUUAUGGGUGCUUUUAUUCUAAUCAUGAGAUGCAAAGGGUUAUUGUGAUUUAAUGCUUUUGAUAUUUACCUUAAUGUAAUAUGCUAUGUGAUGACAAUGCAAUGUGUGAAUACACACACACACACUUAAUCCUUCCUGAAGCUCUCUGAUAUGAAGGAACCCAGUGGAUACUUUAAUGAUAGCUGCACUAGUAGGAAUGCCUCUGUUUUCGCCUUUCCUUUUGUGCCAGUUUUGUUUUCUUUUUUCUUGCCUUUUACUGUUGAGACCAGUUUUACUUUUUUUUUGCAAUGAUAUGUACCGUGUAUGGAGCAAUCCCAUCACUGUCUUUGAUAUAUUAACCUAGCUCUGCCUGCCUAUUUCACCCAACUCAGUUCUUGCUGUGAUUUAAAGUGAAUUUGGAGUUUGGUUAUACCAGGAUAGUGAUAUCUGCUUGAAGAGAAAUUGAUGCUGUUUUUACAAUAAACAUAAUGCACUUCA